GUUCUAGAGGAGAAGGUGGUUAUCUUCUUAAUUCUCAAGGUGAACGUUUUAUGGAACGUUAUGCACCUACAGCUAAAGAUUUAGCAUCUCGUGACGUCGUAUCACGUUCAAUGACCUUGGAGAUUCGUGAAGGUCGCGGUGUUGGUCCUGAACAAGAUCAUAUAUUUUUGCAACUUUCGCACUUACCAGCUGAAAUAUUGCGUGAACGUUUACCUGGUAUUUCUGAAACAGCAGCUAUAUUUGCAGGUGUAGAUGUCACUAAAGAACCUAUUCCCGUAUUACCAACUGUUCACUAUAACAUGGGUGGUAUACCAACGCGAUAUACUGGAGAAGUAGUGACAAUUGAUGAAAAAGGUAACGACAAGAUAGUUCCAGGACUUUACGCAGCUGGUGAAGCAGCUUGUGUAUCUGUUCAUGGUGCCAAUCGUCUCGGAGCAAAUUCUUUGCUUGAUAUUGUCGUAUUUGGUCGUGCAUGUGCUCACCAUGUUCGAGAUACAUUGGAGCCAGGAACACCUCAUAAACCUCUUGCUUCAGAUUCAGGCAACCAGUCUAUUGCAAACCUUGAUAAGCUUCGUAACGCUAGUGGAAAAUUACCUACCGCAGAUAUUCGUUUAAAGAUGCAAAAGGUUAUGCAAAAGGAUGCAGCAGUUUUCAGAACGCAGAGUACUUUGGAGGAAGGUGUUAAAAACAUAAAUGAAGUGUGGAGUUCCUUUAAAGAUGUUAAGGUGUCCGAUCGGUCAAUGAUUUGGAAUUCUGACCUUAUAGAAACUUUAGAAUUACAAAAUCUAUUGACUAACGCUGUUCAGGCGUUACAUUCCGCGGUGGCUCGUAAAGAAUCUCGUGGAGCCCAUGCUCGCGAAGAUUUUAAGGAACGUAAUGAUAAGGAAUGGUUAAAACAUACGUUAUCCUGGCAAGAUCAUCAAACAGGAGAUGUUACAUUAAAAUAUCGGCAAGUAACACAAAAGACUUUAGACGAAAAAGAAUGUUCUAGUGUAAAUACCGCCAAAGGCUAG